GUGACGCUGCGCUCUCGCUUGACUGUCAUAUGAUCGCCGGCUGCGGAGCUGGAGGGGAGGCAGAGCGGAGCAGCAGCGGGGGAAGGAGCCGGGGCUGGAGCCGGAGCCGGGCGCACACACAUACAUAUACGGGGAUGAGCAUGUUGGUGCUGAUCAAUAAGCUGCUGGACUGGUUCAAGUCCCUGUUCUGGAAGGAGGAGAUGGAGCUGACCCUGGUUGGCCUGCAGUACUCGGGCAAGACGACGUUUGUCAACGUGAUAGCGUCUGGGCAGUUCACUGAAGAUAUGAUUCCAACAGUGGGUUUCAACAUGAGGAAAUUAACUAAAGGGAAUGUCACCAUAAAGAUUUGGGACAUUGGUGGUCAGCCAAGAUUCCGAAGUAUGUGGGAACGUUACUGCAGAGGAGUCAAUGCGAUUGUCUACAUGGUGGAUGCUGCAGACUUUGAAAAGAUUGAAGCUUCAAAGAAUGAACUCCACAACUUAUUAGAUAAGCCACAGCUACAAGGAAUUCCUGUAUUAGUCUUGGGAAACAAAAGAGACCUUCCCAAUGCUUUGGAUGAGAAACAGCUGAUUGAGAAAAUGAACCUGUCUGCCAUCCAGGAUCGAGAAAUCUGUUGUUAUUCAGUGUCCUGCAAAGAGAAGGAUAACAUAGACAUUACACUACAGUGGCUUAUUCAGCACUCCAAGUCGAGGCGUUGCUGAGAUUGGUCUUGCUUAGCAGAAGAUCAUAAACAGCCUAUCCGUCCUAUGUACCUUGGAAGAAAAUUUGGAAGAGCAAAACCUAACUCAGCUGGGACUGAGUCUUUCAACCCCCAGUUCCUGUUAAUAUGGACCUCUAAGAUAUUCCUCUUUUGUGUUCCUCUGACUUCAAGCCAUUUUCUACAUUUAAAAAGAAAAUUGAUUUGUGCCAUUCAACAGUAAUGCAGAGUAAUCACAAACCACAUAUGUAAGGCCCAGACAUGUGGCUUUAUUAUUUGAAUGAUGUCUCUGCCUAUACCCUAUUUAACAGGGUGUUUAUUCUGGUUGUGUAUUUUUCAUUUUGCAUGUGAUGUAUUCAUAAGGUGCAUUAUUUCUGUGAAGGAUUACUGAUCAAAAAUACUCAGCUCUAUUGAAAAUAACUUUGGAUUAUUUGAAUACUAGUGAAGAUAAUGCUGCUGCUAUACUAAGAAUAACCAUAUUGAGACUUGUGUGUGGAUUUGGGAGCAGGCUAGCAAGUUUUUGUUGAUUGGGAGGAACAGCACCAUUUCCCCAUUUUGACAGAGAUAUGGAUUGCACACUAAUACUGACACUGGAGAUAGCUCUGAAAUGCUUUUAUUCUUCUCAAGCAGUAUUUGCGUCCACAGCUCAGCAGGAAAUACUGAGUUCUUUCUUCCUAUUUAAAUUUCUUUACACUUUUAAAACUAUUUGCUUUUGGUAAAGAUGUAAAAAGAAAUUAGUUGAUAUUGAAUCGAAGGAAAUUGAAGAUUGAUUUUAAUGCAUGCAAUGAUACGCACCAUUCCCAGUUUCAUCUUGUAUUCCACAGACGUCAUUGCGAGUGCAGCAUGUGAUGGACCCACUAUUAAUGUUUUACUAGAUACAGGACACUUCUCAAUUAAAUAUAGGAUGGGUCACCUCAGUUGUAUCAGAAAAAGAGCAAAUUUGAACAGCGUUAGAUGGUGGUUUGAAAGCCAGUGUGGUCCUCAGUCACAGCCAACCAGCUCCGGAUUGGUGGAUUACACAGUACGCACGAUCUUUUGGUACAUUUUCAUAUCAGCAUGGACUUUAGAUGAGGAAACACUACAUCAUUCAAACAAGAUUGAUCCAUAUCUGAGUUCUUUUACAGUAAUAAACACAUUUCUGUCUUUUUUUCUUCACUCCCUGGUAAAUUUUGAAAGCACAUCUAACUAAUGGUAACUCUAUCUAGUACAUAUGAGCUGCCUGGCACUUGAACUUGGUGCCCAUGGAUUUUCUUUGUUGAACAUUUCCUAACAGAUGCAAAUGACCAAAACAUAAGAAGCAAAAACAGACCUGCUGGAGGAACUCAGCGGGUUUGGAGAGAAAGGAAUCGUCGACAUUUUGGGUGGGUGGAAAUCCUGCAUCAGGACUACUGCAUAGAUGCUGCUUGACCCACUGAGUCCAUCCAGUAGCUUGUUUUUUGCUCCAGAUUCCAGCAUCUGCAGUCUCCUGUGUCAUCAAAACAUAAGAAUCCUGUUGCCCAUAUAAAAAUUAAUUAUUGUAGUGACAAACAGCUGUUGAUCUAUAGUGAGAUAUGUGAAUUCAAUACUUUUGAAAUCUUUAAUUGUCUCUUUCCAGUCUCUUUUCUUACUGAUACUUCUGAACAAAACCUUUAACUUAGUUUUAGUUGUGUUAGUUGAGGGAAAAUUAUUGGUGUGAGCUUCAGGAGAACUCCCUUAUUCUUUAAACAGCUAAGCAAGGAGUGCCUUGGUUAUUCUUAUCCAAAAUACAGGACCUGUGACAAUGCAGCACUUCCUUAGCAUUCCACUGGUAUCAAACUGGAUUGUGUUUGGUUGGAGUGGCCUUUGAACUUCCAGCAUACAAGUGGAUGCUUGAUGAUUUACUGAACACAGUAGCUCAACUAAGUGAAAGAUGUUUACCAUUUUAAAAAGAGGGAAGUUUACUGAAAAUAGAUAACAUUUCUAGUGCCAGAAUUUCCAGUUCUGAAAGCUGCAUGACUUUCUGUUCAAUAAACAGAAUUUCUUCAUUCUUUUUCAAUAGUAAAGAAUAAUUGCCAACACUUUUAAAAAUAAUUAAAUUACUUUAUGCUUACAUCACCAUCACAUUUUAAGGCAUGGUUUUAUAUUUUAUAGAUUUUUCUUUUCUUUAAUGAGUCCUUAAAAGUUUUUUAAUAAACAUAUUCUGAUUUAUUAAAGAGGAUAAAAUCUCAAUAAAUGUGCUAAAUCUGAGGUGUUGAAAUAUAGAAAUAAUAGCAGUUAGUGUUGAGAACGAGCUUUCACUUUUUUUUGAAGGUUAUAAGCUAAUUUCUAGGACCCAAGUAGCAAGUUGUGGUUCAUGUCACUUUAUAAGGUGCAGGUACAAUGUAUUUAACUUACGUUAUACAAUAUGCCAAUCACUUUUUUCAAUUUAGCAAUUAAAUAAAUUGGAAUUAAUUGCAUCAUUACAGCAACUCCAUGAAGCCUGAAACAUCUCAACUCUUCAGUGUAAAUUACCUGUUGUAAUUCAAAAUUAACUUUAAUAUUACUAGGUGCUGUAGCAUGUAAGAUUCAAACUGAAUACACCAGUAGAGUGCUGGGUUUAUUACUCAUGUUGUUCUUUCAUGUCUGCAUGUUGCUUCUGCAGGAGGACCACAUAUUCAACGUACUCUCAUUAUACGUAUCUAUAUAAAACAUAUUUUAGAUCAUAUUCAUGAGACAUGCAUAAUAACUGUAUAAAGAUGGACCUCUAAGCUCUUCUUGUUCAGUAUAUUUAUAAAAAAAAAAUUAGUAAAUUUGCAUUGCAACUAUUGUGCUAAUAUGGUUAUACUCAAUUUAAAAUUGUGGACUUCGAUGUUUUUCUUUUUCAAUAGAAUCACAAGCAUUCAAUCCAAUCUAUUAUAUUGAUGUAACAAUAUCGGUCCAAUGCGUUGUUCCAGCCAUUCUGAAAUAUGCUUCUUAAAUCUCCAAUCACUUGAUUUGUUUUUCUGAAAUAGUUUUAACAUGCAAUUCAUUCUGCUGGAGUAUAUUCUAUGUAUUCUCCAAUACUGUGCUGCAGUAUGUACUAUAUAAUCUUCUGUUAACUAAGGUAUCAAAAUAGUUCCAAACAAAAACAACAGCAUUUAGUGAAAUAGAAGGAAAUUGAAGACUUAUAUAAGGAGGCUGAGGGGAAGUAGGGAUUAGAGGUGGCUCAUGUGGAGUACAUGCUCCAGCAUGGACCAGUUGGGCCAAAUUGUUUGUUUAUUCUAAAUUCUCUAUAGUUUGUCCAGCACUGGGGAUGUGCACCAAUUGGUAGCUCUUUGAAGAGUCAACCAAACUGUUUCCUUCCACGGUGUAUAAUUCUAACCAAGAAUCUAACAUAGUAAAAAUCGGUAGGCCCCUAUUCUUGAUCAGCUUUUAUAUUGAAAGGAUAAACUUGUGAUGCUCAAUAUUCCACCUGAUGUUUAUGUGUAUAUGCAACUGGAAUAUGUCUGGGUACUUCACACUGUUGCUAACUGGAACGACUUGCUUUUUUUUUAUAGGUCCAGUAAUUUUUAUUUCCUUGAUAGUUGUGGUAGAAAAGGUUUGUGUAUAUUUGCAAACUAAACUUAUAAAUUCUAUGAUAACAUAAUGAAAUGUAAUGCUAUUAAAGAUUGAGAUGAAUCUGAAAAUUGUUUUGUUACAAGUGGA